ACAUUUAACAAAUCGUUGAAAAAAAAGCAAGAGCUAAAAAAAGUUCAAUAAAAAUACUUUCAAAGAGAACACAAAAACAACUUUUGAGAAAAAAAGCUUUUUUUAAAUAAUUCACAAUAGUGUGUUGAUAAAAAUAAAGUGUAUAACAUAAACAAGACAGCAGUGUUUGACAGCUAAAGAAAAUUUUAAGCUAAAAAUAAACUUUUAAUAAGAAAAAAUAAAUUUUAAUAAAAAAUUUAAGAAAAAUUUAUAAAUCUUUAUUAAAAUAUUUAAGGAAAAUAUAGAAACUAGUGAAAAAUAAACUCUACCUAACCUCACAAUUAAAAAACAGCAAAAGAAAAUAGACUAGAUUGUUUUUGUGCAAGAGGUGAUUUGUUUAGUUGGAGCAACUGUACACUAAAAGUGAGGUGGAGCAAAAAGCUUUCUGUUCGUCUUUUAUUUUUCUACACAAAGUGGGGAAAUUGACACAGAUUUUGGCGCCAAUUUUUUGACAGUUGCCAAGACGCAAAAUAAUAAGUAAAAAUAAAAAAAAACAUAAAAGUGAAAAAUAAAAAAAGAACAAACCAAAACAAGUGAAGGUUAAAAUUAAUUACAAAUAAAUUAAACAAAAAAGCAAAAAAAAAUGUCGGCUGCCCGUGUUUUAAAUCCCAUGUUAAAUGAAUUCUGCAAAAUGACUUCCAGUCCUCAUGCCCUAAGGACAAAUCUAUCAUGUGGCCGUCAAUUGAAUCGCAUCAAAAGAGAUCUCUUUGGUCCUGCUAAUCCCAUUGAAACCAAUAAAAUCUUCAAUGAGGAAUUGGAAAAACACCAAGAGAAGGCUGCCAAGAAAUGGGGCUUUGAUUUUCGCAAUGGUUCUCCUUUAUCGGCCAAUUCCCAGUAUAUAUGGGAACGUGUGUCCUCACAAGAGAGUUGCAUAGCACCCGAAAUGUAUACUUUAACUAGAGCUGCCCAUGUUAGACCUGUGCCCGCGACCCCUGCACCUAAAACCCACAUGGAAAUGCUAAUGGAUGAACGGGCCGAUCGUGAAAAUUUCAAUAUUUCACAAUCUUCAGCCACCGAUACAGACUCCUGCGAUGACUCACAAGAUGAAUCAAUGGUUGUUUUCAAAGUUCCCGCUGGUCCCCAUCAUGCUGAAGCCACUUUGGCUGUGCCCCGUAAAACACAACUGCGCAAAAGACAACCUAAAAUUACAGAAUACAUGAAAGAACGCAAACGUUUGGCUCAAACACCCAAAAAAGUAUCUCCUGCUAAGCGUAUGCGUACCUCUUCUGGUUCCUCCUCAUCAUCUGCAUCACAUUUCAAUCAUGCUGUUAAUGCCAACAGCAUAGCAGCGCAUUUUUCAGUAAGAACACAGCGUCAUAAUUAAAAAGGAAAUUUUAUAUUUCUUUUAUAUAAAUAAUUUUACUAAAUAACCUUUGUAUUUUUAUAAUAACUAAAUUAUAAUUUUAAAAAUUUAAGCAAUUUUUUUUUUAAAGCAAAACAUUUUCUUUUUAAAAAUAAAGAAAAAAGUUUUAAUUUUUUCUUUAUUUUUAAGAAAUCAUUAAUUAUAACUGAAUGCCAUAAACUAAGUUAUUAGUUAUUAAAAUCUUAAUAUUAUAAGUUUAGUUUUAUAAGUUUCUGUUUUUCACUACCCUCACCACCCCUUUCCCCUUUAAAGGCAUAUGAACAAAAAAAGUCCUUCAUUACUUUUUUACCCAAUUUACCAAAAAAAAAAUUUUCUUAAAUUUAACAAAAAAACAUAUUGCAUUAAGUAUGAAUUUCUUAACCAAAAUUGGCAAUAUCUUUUUUUCCUCCUACCCCGAUUUAAAGCUUUUUGAAAGGUUUCUUUAUUAAAAAAACAAGAAAUGUUUCAUUAACCUUUAAAUAUUUUAAAAAAAUUUAAACUAAAAGGUUUAUUGCUUAAAAAAAGCUUUUAUUUAAACAAACAACUUAUAUCUUAAAACAAAAAUUUCUUAAUUUUACCAUUUUUUCCCUUUAACAAAGGGAAAAAAAGCUAAUUUUAAGAAAUUAUUAAGAAAAGUUUAAAUUAUUUAAAAGCUUUAAAGAAUGUUUCCUUUUUUUUACAUUUUAAAUUCUUAAUUGAAGUACAAAAUUUGUUAUAAAAAUCUAACUACAUUUCCUUAUGAUUAAACCCACACCAACCAGUGUUUUUUCCUUAAACUUUUUAACAAAAAACAUUUAAUAGAAAUUCUUUUUAAAAAAAAACUUGGCCACCAAGCCAAAUUUUAAAAAGAAUUUCUUUAUUUUGUUUUUUAUAAUUAAAAACAACAAAAAUUUCCCUUAAAUUUAAAAUUUCUUUUUAAAAGUCCCUUUAAAUUAUUAAAAUUUCUAGUGGCUUUUGCCAAUUUUAAAUUUGAUUGGAAAUUUUUGUAAAGAAAUCUCUGCUUUAAAGUCUUCCCCCCAAUCAGACUUUAAACCUUACAUUUCUGUCCAUAUCUUUCUUUGUAAAUUGUCUCCUUUUUCUCUCCCUCUCUCUUUCGAGCCUCCCCCCACUUAAUUUAGGCCGAGCCUUUAUUAUUUAAACAAAAAACUUUUGUAUUUUAUAUACAAAAAAAAUAUUUAUAUAAAUAUAAAAACAAAACUUGUAAUUUUCUUUAUAUUUCUUAAAAUAUAUUUAAAACUCUCUAAUAUAUAUUUUUUAAAAUUGUAUACAUUUUAGUUUGUAGUUUUAUAAAUAAUAAGUUCAUUUGCAUUUUGUCAUUUCAACUCAUAAAACAAAACAACAUUUGCAUCUCUUAAACACAAAAAUACAUACGCAUACCUAAAUCCAAAAACUAACCCCAAAUUUCCUUCAAUCAUUUAUUUUAUAUAUAUUUUUUUUCAAAUAUUAUAGAAAACACAAAAGAAAUUACCUAACUAAACAAUUCUUUAAAAAAUUUACAAAAAAUACACAACAACACAAAAUUGAAAAUAUAAAAUUUAAAACAAAAAUAAAAGUAAAAUAAAAAUCCU